GACAGGCAGAUAGACAGACAGACAGACAGACAGAUAGACAGAUAGACAGGACGACAGAUGGACAGGCAGACAGACAGACAGACAGACAGACAGACAGACAGACAGACAGACAGACAGACAGACAGACAGACAGACAGACAGACAGACAGACAGACAGACAGACAGACAGGACAGGACAGAGCUAUAGGUGGAAGGAAUCUGUGGUUAAAGUGUGAGCUGGUCCGACGGCGGCUGCUGUCUGUCUGAGAGGAAGUUGCAUUGUGGGUUGUAUGUCUGACUGAACACUGAAAACACCACAGGUCUCUCUACGACCCAGAGACCGAUGCUGCCAGUCCAGAGGAUGUUACAGUGCGACUGGACACAGGCUGUUCGCGGUUACCUUGACCAAUGAAAUCCUAUUUUGGCUCUCUAAACAGCCGUGGGCGGGACAUCAUGCUGCUGAUCGAUGGGAUGCCUGCCGUCAGCGUCCAACCAGAGUCUCUGGAGCCUCAGAGAACGUCUCUGUUGGUGUUGUCCCCUCCUGAGAUGGACAGGAUGGUUCUGAAGAGGAAGAUGUUCAGCCCAGUACCUCCAAGUCCUCCAGACACACAACCCUGUAACCCAAACUCUUUCCAGCCCCAGACAGAGCCUGUAGACCUGUCCACCAGGAGCUCUAGGACAUCUCCGACAUCCACAGGAUCCCUACCGUCCACCUCCAUCACCAAGCCUUCCUCAUCAUCAUCCCCCUCCUCCGUCAUUAUGUAUGUCCCAAAUACUCCUGCUAUAUCAGCGGCAGGUCCCGUCGCGAGAGUCCUUUGUGGUUAUGUCCGAGAGUACCUCCUCACACCCGUCUCCUCCAGCCCCGCCCCUCUUCAGGCCCACACCCUUCUCCUCCAGCCCCGCCCCUCUUCAGGCCCACACCCUUCUCCUCCAGCCCCGCCCCUAUUCAGACCCACACCCUUCUCCUCCAGCCCCGCCCCUCUUCAGGCCCACCGUACGCCUGUAGUGGUACGGCCCACACCCCUGCUCUACACCAACCCAGCACACAGCAGAACCCUGCUGGUACCCCGACGUACACAUCACCGUCACCGUGGUGACGGCCAGGAUGAUGAGCUGCCGACAACGAGACUGAACAGUGUGACAGAGAUGGGACAGGUUGUUACCAGAGUGGGUCAUGACUCCAUGUUAGCCGGUGGUAUCCAGAGCAUGCGGGUAGGUCAUGUGACCAGGUCAGAGGUCAGGGGGCGUGUCCGUAGGUGUGUCCACAGGUGUGAGUUUUACGGCUGUAACAAGGAGUACACCAAGAGUUCCCACCUCAAGGUCCACAGACGCACACACACAGGUGAGAAGCCGUAUAAGUGCACGUGGGACGGGUGCACGUGGCAUUUUGCCCGUUCUGACGAGCUGACCCGCCAUUACAGGAAACACACGGGGGUGAAGCCCUUCAGGUGUGGCGACUGCCAACGCUCCUUUUCCCGCUCAGAUCACCUGGCCCUGCACAGACGCAGACACACACUGAUCUGAGGAGGAGGGACCUGGCCCUGCACAGACGCAGACACACACUGACCUGAGGAGGAGGGACCUGGCCCUGCACAGACGCAGACACACACUGAUCUGAGGAGGAGGGACCUGGCCCUGCACAGACGCAGACACACACUGAUCUGAGGAGGGACCUGGCCCUGCACAGACGCAGACACACACUGACCUGAGGAGGGACCUGGCCCUGCACAGACGCAGACACACACUGACCUGAGGAGGGACCUGGCCCUGCACAGACGCAGACACACACUGACCUGAGGAGGAGGGACCUGGCCCUGCACAGACACACACUGAUCUGAGGAGGAGGGACCUGGCCCUGCACAGACGCAGACACA